AUGCCAAAGCGGGCGACGUCCAAGAAGCGCAAAGCCGAGUUCGAGUGCCUGCGCGCCUCGAUCCAGGUCAUGACCGAGGACUUUGAGCGCGAAGAGCUCGAGACGCACGUCAUCCGCGGCGCGCGCCAGCUCAAGCGGCGCAAGUCGCCCGCCCGCCAGCCGCUCGCGCCCCCGCCCGAGACGCUGCUGCGCCAGCAACAGCAACAGCAACAGCAACAACAUCGCUUCCCGCUCUUGGCCGUGCCCCCAAACUCCCGCGCCGAGCUCCGCGCCCACAAUCUGCGCCACCUGCUCUGCUUCAUCCUGCACCACGACUACGCCCAGCCGGGCCUGCGCAACGCCCUCGCCGCGCCCAAGGCCGGCAAAAACAAGAAGAAUAAGACCAAGACCAGGAAGAACUCCUCCCCCACAGACACCACCGCCGACGCCGCCCCCGAGACCCCAGCAUACGCGCGCCUCCCCCGCCGCCUCGCAACGCAAUACUCGCCGCACAACCUCCCCCUGCAACCCUACCGCACCGCGCCGCCCCGCGCCCGCGCCGCCCUCCGCGCGCUGGUCCUGCAGCCCGCCCGCCUGCUCCGCCUGCCCCCGCACGCCGUCUGCGCCCUCGUCCGCCGCUGGCAGCGCUUCCGCCUCGGGACGGCGUACCCCGGCGCCGUCGCCGCCGUCGCCGCGUGCGAUGGCCUGCCGGCCCUGGCCGCCAUGCUCGCGCUCGACGCCGCGGUCGUCGUUCCCGCGCUGGCGGACCCCACGACGAGGCUCAGGUGGGAGUGUCUGGCGGGCCUGAAGGCGGUGCGCGGGCGGUAUUUUGGCGGCGGCUUGGACGGCGGCCACGCAGUGGACGCCACCACUGUCGCUGCUGCUGUCUUUGACACCGACGCCGAGCACGCCUACGACUCUCCACCAGCUCCAGGCGCGGGCUACAUGCGCCUCUCCCCCCUCGGCGCCCGCGUCCACGCCUCCCGCCAAACCCGCCUCAGCCGCGCGCUGGGCGCCCUGGUCGGCCGCGGCUGGACCAACGCCCUCGUCACGCGCGGCGUCGCUAAGGCUGCGCGCGGAAUCAAGGCUUUAAGUCGCAGUAGUUGCGCUGGUGGCGACGAGGCCAUCGCCGUCGACGUGGGCGCCGCGCACCGCCGCCGCGUCGCCGCGUUUGAUAUGCGCGGGUGGGUCGAGGACGUUAGGCGCAGGGAGGCGGUCGCUGCUGCCCAGGCGGCUGCUGCCGCUGCCGAGGCGCAGAGGAGUGCGUUUGAGGUCGCGCGCCCGGGCGAGGAGGAGGUCUUGUGCUUGAGGGCUUUUAUGGACGAGGAGGGAUAUUAA